CCAUGGCGUUUACUUGGACUGUCUGACGCAGGGUAUCAGAAAAACACAACACUGAAAUAAGCAGUCAUCGCGCCACAUUCAUAACGUUAGACCCGGAUUCCGUGAGAGCUGAAAAUGGGGUCUCGGAUCAAGGAGAGCCCAGAGUCCACCUUUGAAGUGUAUGUGGAGGUGACACACCCUGGGGUCACAGGAUCAGAUCCUGAGGUGCGGCGGCAGUUCCCUGAGGACUACAUCGACCAGGAAACUCUUCAGACUCUGACCAAGUUCUGCUUCCCCUUCAACGUAGACAGCCUGUCAGUGAGCCAGGUGGGACAGAACUUCACAUUCGUGCUGACGGACAUCGAGAGCAAACAGAGAUUCGGCUUCUGCCGGCUCUCGUCAGGGGCCCGCAGCUGUUUCUGCAUCCUGAGCUAUCUCCCCUGGUUCGAAGUGUUCUACAAGCUCCUCAACAUCCUCGCCGAUUACACAACCAAAGGCCAGGACAGCCAGUGGAAGGAGCUGCUGGAGAGACUGCACACGCUCCCUGUCCCUGAGCCAGGAGUGCCUGUUCAUCUCAGCGUGCAUUCCUAUUUCACUGUGCCUGACUUACGAGAACUGCCCAGCAUACCUGAGAACAGAAACCUAACAGAGUAUUUUGUAGCAGUAGAUGUCAAUAACAUGCUCCAUCUGUAUGCUAGUAUGCUUUAUGAACGUCGCAUCAUCAUCUGCUGUAGCAAAUUAAGCACUUUAACUGCCUGCAUUCACGGCUCGGCGGCCAUGUUGUACCCGAUGUAUUGGCAACAUGUUUACAUUCCUGUCCUCCCUCAGCAUCUUAUUGACUACUGCUGUGCCCCUAUGCCCUACCUCAUCGGAGUGCAUUCCAGCCUAAUGGAGAAGGUGAAAGGCAUGGCGCUGGAGGACGUGGUGAUGCUUAACGUGGACACCAACACGCUGGAGACGCCGUUUGAUGAUCUUCAAAGUCUUCCUAAUGAUGUGGUGUCCUCUCUGAAGAACAGGCUGAAGAAGGUCUCCACCACCACGGGCGACGGCGUGGCCAGGGCCUUCCUCAAAGCGCAGGCCGCGCUGUUCGGAAGCUACCGGAACGCGCUGAAGAUCGAGCCGGAAGAGCCAAUCACGUUCAGCGAGGAGGCCUUUGUGGCACACCGAUCCAGCGCCAUGAGGCAGUUCCUGCAGAGUGCCAUCCAGCUGCAGCUCUUCAAGCAGUUCAUUGAUGGACGUCUGGAGCUCCUAAACUCUGGAGAAGGCUUCAGCGACGUCUUCGAAGAGGAGAUCAACAUGGGAGAGUAUGCUGGCAGUGACAAGACCUACCACCAAUGGCUCACAACAGUGAAGAAAGGCAGUGGUGCAAUAUUUAACACGGUGAAAACAAAGGCUAACCCAGCGAUGAAAACGGUCUACAAGUUCGCGAAAGAUCACGCCAGGAUGGGGAUAAAGGAGGUGAAGAACCGCCUGAAACAAAAGGACAUGACGGAGAACGGCUACGCCGCGGCUGGAGAGGACACACAGCCUCCCACCGCCGGCUCGCCCUCCACAGACAGGAAGGAAGUCCGGCUGCGGGAAGAGCGGCGGCCAAUCACAGUGCACUUUGGGCAGCCCGCACGAGUGCCGCCCCCCCGGCCCCCACCCCCCCGGCUCCAGCGCAGUGUCCGGCCCGCCCGUCCUCCUCGCCCCCUGGUGGUGAAACGACCCAGGAGCAACAUUCCCCUGGACAACCGCCGCACGUCCGCCUCCAGCCCGGAGCACUUUGUCCGGCCCACUCGACACUACACUGUCUUCCUGUCCGAGGACUCUUCGGGAGACGAGUUCCAGCAUGAGGAGGACUCUGUGUCUGGCUUCUCUGAGCACUUCCUGUUCUCCGCUCCCUUUGAAUGGCCACAGCCUUACAGGACCCUGAAGGAGGCAGACUUUGCGGAAGGGGAGGAGGGGCAGGUGGGGCAGGUGGGUGAGCGGCUCCAGGGUCACACAGCCCCGCCCAGCCCGGUCGGAGACAAGAUCACAGAGAUCAGCCUGCUGGAUGACAUCUUCAACCUGGAGGGGGAGUCAGAGAGCCAGACCCUCACCCUGGCCAAAAGCCUGGAGGACCUCCGCACUCCCAAAGACCCCGAGGAAGAGUCGGCCAAGUUCAGCUACCAGCGCAUGGAUCUGAGCGCCGAGCGCACCCGCACACUGCCCAGCCUCAAGCACUCCAACCCCUACAACAAGCUGUGGAGCCUGGGCCAGGACGACAUGGCGCUGCCCUGCAUAUCCACCCAGAGCUGGGACCGGCCCAUGUCCGUCCCCCCUCCCGAACCCCCGGAGCCCCUGUCGUCUGGAGCGGAGCACCUCGGAGCGAGCCAGGACCGGGUGGACGCCGCCGGGACCGGCCAGAGCAGCAUCACCAUCCCCAGGCCCCAGGGACGCAAGACGCCCGAGCUGGGCAAGGUGCUGGGCCCCCCCGUGCAGCUCCCCCGGGCCCCCAAACACGCCCCCACUGCCGACCCAGGGUCCCAGCCGGACUCCGGAGUCACAUCGGGGGCGCAGGAGUUCCGCCAGGCCCUCAACAUGUCGCCCCUCUCCUCCCAGCACUCCAGCCCGGACGUCCUGAAGCCGGCCAAGGUCGGCAGUGAGAGCCUGGACCUGCUCAGCCUGCUGGACCCCCUCAACAGCGCUGCGAGCUCCGAGAGCAACGCGCAAUCCCACGCCCUGCCAGCAGGGGGCGUCCCCUCCUCCGGUCCCACCCUCCUCACCUCCAUCAGGGAGGACGCCGGCACACCCACACACCCAUUCCCCCCGCAGCACGUCUACCCCCAAGCUCUGCCGCCCUUCCCCCACAUGUCCCUCAACCCCUUCGCACAGACUCUGCACUACGCCCCCGCGGGCCCACCCCAUAGACACUACGCCGCUCCCGGCGGCAACCCCUUCAGCACGGCCUACUUACCCCCCGGCGGCUACUUCCAGACCUCGCCCUACGCCCCCGCCCCCCUCCCUGCGGUCUACCGCCAGCCCUCCCCCUUAGGGCCAGGCUUUUUACAGCAAAGCCCCAUCCAAAUCAGACCCCCCUUCCCCCCCUCCGCUGCUGCCCCCUCCAGCAGCAGCAGCGGCACCCCUCCCAGCCUCCUCGACUGUCCGCCCGUCCCCUGCACCCAGGAGACCCCGCCGGCCUUGCCAAAGCCCCCCCACGGCGGGGAGGCCGCCCGGGACAGGGCGCCCCCGGAGCCUCAGGACCCGUUCGGCGACCUGCUGCCCGUGACGAAACCCGCCGCUGCCCCCAAGAGGAGGGUGGAGGACCUGCGGAGGCAGUGGGAGACGUUCGAUUAGGGACACGGGUGCGCGCAGGGGGUCGGACGCUACUACCGAAUGAGGCAGGAAACCGAGAGCGACGCCCGGGUUUCCGUCCCCCCCCCCUCCAAACGGGCUAGGCGGUUGCACGUCCC